UUGUCACAUGCCAAUUUUGUCAAACAAACAAGCAGAAAAAAAAAAAAGACGAUUUUUUUCUUCUUCCCCCAAAUUCAAAAUGCCAGAUCAAAUCAAAGGGAGUUGACGAAUUUAAGUCAAGUAUCAGACGAAUCAAUCCCAUGAAUAUUCCCCGAUCUCGUCGGGUAUUAUAAUGCGGUGACGAGGACUUUUCCAUCUCCACGCCCCUUAUAAGAUAAACCCAGAAACAUCGAUCUGGGACAAAAAAUAAUAAGAAAUCUUUUCACCAUUCGGGAAAAUGGGUCGUGUUCGAAGAACAGAGCUGUUGUCUUCCAUUGUUCUUGUUCUGGGUUUGUUCCUGAGCGGCUUGGCGUUGUGUAAUGGAAGCAAAACCAGUAGAUUUAUCAGAAAAUUGGAGAAAACUGUCGAUAUGCCUCUUGAUAGCGAUGUUUUCAAAGCUCCUCCUGGUUUCAAUGCUCCACAACAGGUGCAUAUAACACAAGGCGAUACAGAGGGGAAGGCGGUGAUCAUAUCGUGGGUGACACAACAAGAGAGAGGCACGAACACGGUCUUGUACUGGAAAGAGAACAGUUCCGAAAAGCUCAAAGCCGAAGGCAAAGCCAACAGAUACAAAUUCUACAAUUACACUUCUGGUUACAUCCACCAUUGCACCAUCCGAAACUUGGAGCAUAAUUCCAAAUACUAUUACGUGGUAGGAGUCGGCCAGACCGAGCGUCAGUUCUGGUUCCACACUCCUCCUGAACUCGGACCCGACGUCCCUUACACGUUCGGUCUCAUCGGGGAUCUUGGCCAGAGUUUCGACUCUAACUUGACGUUGACGCAUUACGAAAACAACCCGACAAAGGGACAGGCGGUUUUGUUCGUGGGCGAUCUUUCCUACGCCGAUAACUAUCCGAACCACGACAACGCCAGAUGGGACACAUGGGGAAGAUUUGUCGAGAGAAGCACUGCUUAUCAGCCGUGGAUUUGGACUGUUGGUAACCAUGAGCUUGACUUUGCCCCCGAAAUCGGCGAAACCAGGCCGUUCAAGCCAUUCUCGCAUAGAUACCGAACUCCUUACAGAUCAUCAGGCAGUACCGAACCCUUCUGGUACUCGAUAAAGAGAGGUCCCGCUCACAUUAUCGUGCUCGCUUCUUAUUCCGCAUAUGGUAAAUACACUCCACAAUACAAAUGGCUCGAGGAGGAGCUCCCGAAAGUGAACAGAUCCGAGACGCCGUGGCUAAUCGUCUUGACGCAUUCCCCGUGGUACAACAGUUACAAUUACCAUUACAUGGAAGGCGAAACCAUGAGGGUUAUGUUCGAGUCGUGGUUCGUCAAGUACAAAGUAGACCUCGUCUUUUCUGGUCACGUCCACGCCUACGAAAGAUCCGAACGCGUAUCCAACAUAGCGUACAAUGUAGUUAACGGUAUUUGCACGCCCGUGAAGGACUUAUCCGCGCCUGUAUACAUCACCAUUGGCGACGGAGGCAAUCUUGAGGGCUUGGCAACCAACAUGACGGAGCCGCAGCCGGCGUACUCGUCAUUCAGGGAAGCAAGCUUCGGGCACGCGGUAUUGUCGAUAAAGAACAGGACGCACGCUUGGUACGGAUGGCACCGCAACCAGGAUGGGUUCUCCGUCGAGGCUGACUCCAUGUGGUUCUUCAACAGAUUCUGGUUUCCUCAUGAUGAUUCCUCUUAGAACCUUCUCUUUGUAUUCCUCUUUUCAUUUGAAUAAUCAUCAUAUCGAAAUGUGAGUUUGCAUUUACUUUUCCUUUUUA